AUGAGCUGCUUCCGUGCCGUGGUGACGCCCAUAGCCGCCACCGCCGGGGCGCUCCUGAUAUCUGCUUGGCUGCUGUACGUGUCGGUGCCUGCCCACCUCUUCCUGGGCAUUCUGGCCACCGAGCUCAUCUCGUGCACAGUGGGUGACUUAUGGAACCUGGCCGCCGCGGCCUUCCGCGGUCAAGGCUGGGCCCAGGCUUCUGGCCAGCGUGGUGGUCCCGACUGGUGCCUGCACCACUUGUCCGUCAACGGUUUGACCCUUUGCCCGAAAGGCUUUCACAUCCUCUGGUUUAGCGAAUCGGCUGCACUGGAGAUGACCUCUGGCGAGUACCCACUCGCCUCCUUCGGUCGAAACGUGGGCACUGGCCUUACUGGCAAUCUUCUGAGCAGGUCGGGCUGUGUUGCCAAGGAGAUGUGGCUUGAGCUUGCGAGCGCGAGUGUCCCAUGGCAAGCCGCCGCGCCUGCUGCUGCCCUCCGUCGGCUGUCGUCGUGGAUGCGCACGUUCUCGGCAGCCCUGGCCUGGGCAGCUCCCCGGAGCGCCGCCGACCCCGUGAGCCACUUCUCGACCUCGGUGUUGCAGCCCAGCCCAGUGGGCGUCCAGGAGGUGCCUCUAGAGGAGAUGCUGUCGCAGGCGCAGGUGCGCAAGGUCGUCGCCAUCGUGAGCGUGUCGGUGUCCAUGACCCUGACGUCUUUCGUGGCGGUCCUCACUUUCGUGCGCGGGCGGGCGAACAUCUGGCACUUUGGACGGACGGUGUCAAGAGCAGUGCAGCCGCCAUCCCGGCCCAAGCUGCUGCUGGUGGACGACCUCGAGGUGCACUGCGGGAGCUCACCCGACUGCCCGAUCUGCCUGGAGAGCCUGAGGCCAGCGUGGGCGGAAGAUCUCGACCGAGCCGGCGCCGCGCUCUGGCUGCGGGCUGUGGGGCGGAAGUGCCGGCCUCGCGGGCAAGGGCCUGCUUCGGCUGCACUGCGGCCACGUCUUCCACGCGCAUUGCGCGGAGCGCUGGCUGCGGCGGGAGACGAGCUGCCCCUGCUGCAGGCAGGAGGUCCGCGGCGGCGCCUGCGCCCGCCUGUGCCUGCGCUCGCCUGGGCCCGCCGCCAGCAGCCGCCGCGCGGGGGCCAAGGGAGGCGGCGAGGAGCUCCCCCGCUGCGCGGGCGACCUGGCCGACGUGGCCGACGUGGCGCCGGGUUCGGCUGGGGACAUCCCGGGGAGGUGUCGUUGGCCACCCGAGCCCGCCGGGGGCCGCCCUGGCGCGAGGCGGCGGCAGCCGCGGGGCCCCCCCGCCGAGCGGCGCCGUGCCCCCGUUGA